AUGGAAGAAGAUAUUGUAUUGAUAUGGUUGAAAUCAACUACAGAUACACCGAACAAUAUCGAUGAAAUUCAAGAUGAGUUACAAACCGUGCAUAAUUCUAUUCGUAUUCAUAAUGUUAUUGAUGAAUGUAUUAAUGAUAUUAAGUCAAGAAAGGAAAAAAUAUUUUUGAUUAUCGCAGAAAAUCAAGUUUCUGCUUGUCUUUCAGAAGUUAAUAAACUAUCUCAACUGGAUUCAGUUUUUGUUUUCCCCGGAAUACCACAAGAAGAUGGACAUUCAUAUAGUGACUUUCAUAAAAUACGUUGUAUAUUUGACAAAUUAGAAGCUCUUAUCAAAUCUAUCAAAGAAAAUAUAAAAAUGCUUCAUAGACAAAUGGAAGUCGUCUCCUUUUAUGGUCAAUAUCAACAAGGUACUCGAGAUUUAGAAGAUCAAUCAUCAGAAUUUCUUUGGUUUCGACUAUUCAAAGACGUUAUUCACCAUUUACCUGAUGAUAAGCAAGCAAAACCAGAGAUGCUCGAUAUUUGUCGAAAAUUUUAUCGAAAUAACCAACGAAUGCUGCGAGCUGUUGACCAAUUUGAAACAGAAUAUUGCAAAGAAAAAUGUAUUUGGUGGUAUACAAACGAUACAUUUGUUUACAAAUUGAUUAAUAGAGCUUUGUGUACAGAAGAUAUUGAACAAUUAUAUAAAUUUCGCUAUUAUAUUUCUGAUCUCUCAAAACAACUCGCCGAAAAAUAUCAACAGAUGAAAAAUGAAGAUGAAAAACAAUUUACCUUAUAUCGUGGUGUUUCAACUACUAAAAAAGAAUUCGAAAGAUUAAAAGCAAAUAUUAAAAAUUCAUUUGCAGUAAAUAGCUAUUGGUCAACAAGUCGCGAUCGUUCAUGUGCACUAACAUUUGCUAAAAGGUCUAUUCAUCAGACAGAUAUGGUUGCAGUACUCUAUGAAAUCCAAUUUAAUAAAGACGAUCAACAAAAUUCAGCUAUUUUUGCUGAUAUAACGGAUUCAAGUUGUUUCAAUGAACAGGAAAUCUUAUUUGAUGCUGGAUCGAGUUUUCGGAUUGAAAGUAUUGACGAAAUAGAAGAAGAUCAUACAAAAUUGUGUAUAAUUAAAAUAACAACAAUUUGUGAAGAAAAUCCAUUAGGACAAAAUCAUAUGGAACAUAAUCGAGCUCAAAUGAAAGAAGAAGGUCCACGAAUUAUGUUGUGCAUAUUAUUAAAAAGAAUGGGAAAAUUUGAGAAAUCUUUACGAUUUCUUCGUAAUUUAUUGGAAAAUCGUAAUGAUGAUGAGAAUCCUGCCCAUAUUCACAAUCGAUAUGGUAUUGCACUCAAAGAUAAAAAGGAAUAUACACAAGCAUUAAUACAUUUGGAAGAAGCAUUUCAAAAGACUUUCAAUUCUAAUUCAUCUGCAGAUAGAAUAUAUUCAGCUUAUGUUCGUCAUAAUCAAGGUUUAGUUUAUACAAAACAACGAAAGUAUGAAGAAGCUUUGAAAUUAUAUCAUGAAGCAAUUGAUAUUUUAAAAAAACAUGACGAUACACAAUCACGAUCUGGACUUGCCCAAUUCAACAGCAGUAUAGGACGCGUUUAUCUAUAUCGGAAAGACUUUAAAAAAGCAUUGGAAUACCAAGAAGAAGCAUUACAAAUUCGAAAAGCUUUAAAACCAGAUCAUGUUAUGAACGCAUUUUUUUAUGCAAAUACUGCAAAUGUAUAUUCCGCUCAAAAGAAAUUCAAAGAAGCAUUAGAUUAUCAUUUAGAAGCAUUAAAACUUCGAGAAAAAUACUUACUGCCCAAUAGUCACCACAUUGCUUGGAAUCUCUAUCAAGUCGCUAGAAUGUUUUAUAAGUUAAAAGAUUCGUCGGAGGCUCGUGAUUAUUACCAAAACUCACUAGAAAUUUUUCGAAACUAUGCAAACACAGACUUAUGGUUUCAUAUUCCUAGAAUUCUCGAAGAUGUUGCAUUAAUAUCUGAAGAUUAA